UGAAUUAUUCGAGAAUUUUGGGAUUUCCUGAUUUUCAAUCUGAAGUUAGACACGAGAUAUAGGGGCAGGCCCAUUUUAAAAAUCUAGAAUCUAACAAUAAGCAUCUAUGUAUAUUUAGAUUUGGGAAAUCCAUUAUUUACAAAACAUUGGCCCCUUUGAUCAUUCAGUACUAAAACCUGAUAAAUUAUCACUCAGCGCAUAAAUUUUAACCUGCAUUGCCGUGUUUAUUAUAAGUAUGUACAGAUUAAUAGACAAUACGAUAUUUUUAAGGCCGUUAAGCAAAUUCAUAGGUAAGAGAGAAAUGUACAGCGUGCUUAAUAUACUCUGGUCAGUAGAAAAAGGCGCGAAAUUCAAACUUUCUAUGGGUGGACAACCCUCUAGGCCUACAUUUUUCAAAUUUGCCGCCUUUGUCUACUGACGUAAAUAGCUUUCCAAACUAUAAAAACUAAGUUUAUUUCAAACACAACCUGUUUAUGACGUGUCCCGAAUUUUCACACUGAGUAUAACUUCCGAAUUUCUAAUUUUCUUAUAUGUUGCUGUCCUGUAAAAUAGGAAAUCUUGGUAUCACUACUCCCAGGGCUCUCAUUUAGUAUAAUAAAUGAUAGGUACUAUUUGCCUAUCCUAUGUAAUUAGAAGUGGCUUUUGACCCAAUUACCACAAUUAAUUAUAUUACAUCGCAUUUAAGGAAAUUCAGUGGCAAAUACUCGCUGAGUGUGAAUAGCCGUGUCCGGAAAUGGAAAAAGAAGAAGAAGAAGGUGUGCCAGGGGAGUUUGGGAAGGUGUGCCACAUCAAAAAGCAGCGGAGGAAAAGGCAGAAGCUCCUCAUCAUAGAACUCUUCUUAGACUUCGCAAAGAACACCACGCUCCAUGGUCUUCGGUACAUCACUGAAGUUGGGCUCACCGUUAUAGAGAAAGUGUUUUGGGUAUUAACUUUUCUGGCCAGUGUGGUCCUGUGCUUUAUCCUGAUCGAACGAGUGUGGCACAAGUGGUGGUAUAGCCCUGUCAUCGUGUCGUUUAACGAGAAGUUGGUUCCAGUUGGAGAGGUACCGUUUCCAUCAAUAACCAUAUGCCCGCAAUGGAAAUGUAAAACGUCAGCUUAUAACUAUACGGACAGAAGGAUAAAAUAUCGCCGGGGCAGACCUAAAAAUAUGAGCGAAAUCGAUAAUGAAAUUUUUGACAAAGAGAAGAUCAUGCUGGAGGAUGCUUACCUAGUGUGUGAAAAAUUCUCCUGGCCUAUUUUAACGCAACGUCGUACAAAAACGAAUAAAUCACUAGUAGACAAUAUAAUAAGAAUGGCCCCUAAGCUAAAGGAAACAAUGUAUACAUGUCGAUGGAGAGGCAGUUUCGUGUCAUGUAACCAGUACUUCACAGAAGUAUUGACUCGUGAAGGUGUGUGUUUUAACUUCAACGCCCUAUCUUAUAACGACAUCUUCAAGAUCAAAAGUAUUCAAAGCGAUUACAAAUACCUGAAUUCUACAACUCCUAUAAAUAAAUGGGACAUAAUUUCUGGAUAUACCACAACCAGUGAAAAUGUAACAGAAAAGACGAAGGAAUAUCCACGUCGAGGAAGGGAAAAUGGUGCACACCCGGAUCUAGAAAUUUUACUCCUAGAAGAUAGCGCAGACAUCGAUGACUCUUGCAAUAGCCUCUCGAAUGGCUGGAAAAUCUAUCUCCAGCACCCGGCAGACCUGCCCCAAUCUUCUCUAUAUUAUUAUGCAGCUAUUGCUAAACAAGUCACCUCUUUGGCUCUCAAGUUCAGUAUUCUCAAUACAUCCGAAAGCUUGAUCAACUACAAGCCUGAACAGCGUCAGUGCUACUUUCCCAAAGAUAGAAACCUGAAGUACUUCGCGACGUACACACCGGAUAACUGCCAACUGGAGUGCCUGUCUUUGUAUACAUACGAAAAGUGCAAGUGUGUGUGGUUUCACAUGCCGCAUGACAAUGGUUCUGAAAUAUGCACAGCCCAGCAACAGAUUUGCGUAGAAAGAGCACAAGGCAAGUUCAAUUAAAAUUAUCAUAACUAUACAUAUGUCACAACAAGGGUAGGUUUCUAAAAGAUACCUCUGGUAAAAAAAGGAAUUAACACAUAACGUAAUAAAUAAAAGCUUACAUUAUAAUAAUGUAUUUUUUCUCAAUAUAACUUAUGAAGA